AUGGAGGAAAAUCAAGCUUUUCCAAAAGUCGAUGUACACUAUAACGAUACUUUUGUGCCUAAUCCAUUAGUGUCUUUUGAUCCACAAGUACUACGUCUGAAUGAAGAUGCAAACGAGUUUGUUUUCUCCGAUUUCAUCAAAUAUGUUGAGAAGCUUACCGAUUUUCAGUGCAAGCAUGUGUAUUACUGUAUACCUGAAGUGAGAUUGAGUGAGGGGCUCCAAACACUACAAAAUGAAUGUGACUACUAUGAGUUUCUUGAGGUUGCAAAUGCUAACAGACACGUGGAUGUGUAUAUUGACCAUGAUAAUGAACCUAUAUUUGAGUGGAUUCAGAAAGAAGAACCAGGCGAUGAAGAACUUGUGUAUUUAGAAGAAGAUGUCGACUCUGUUUUGGCAGAUGAUGAUAACUGUGAACAUGAAGAGGAUAAAUCUGUUACAUUAAGCAAAAGAAUCUUUAAAAGAACCUAUAAUGAUAAGUUUUUGAACAAGUUAUGUCCAGUAGCUGUUGAAGAUGAAGAUGAAAAAGGCAAUGAACUUCCAACUGUCUACCCUAGGCAUGAUGCUACUCAGGAAUGGAGGAAGAUGAAGCCUGAACUAGGUAUGAGAUUCUAUUCUCCUGCUGAACUUAAGUCAUUUCUCACUAACUAUGCAGUUGCACAUGGAUAUGACUUGUAUUAUGAGAAGAAUGACAAGGAUAGUGUAACAUCCCAAAUUUCAAGACCAAAAAUUUUAUUUUUGAUAUGA